UCAGAGAAUCCUCAUGGGGAGGAGAAGCCCCACAAGUGCUUGGAAUGUGGGAAGGGUUUCAUCUACAGAUCCAAGCUGAUCCGGCACCAGAGGAUCCACACUGGGGAGAAGCCUCACAAGUGUGGGGAAUGUGGGAAGGGAUUCAGAGAGAGUUUUCAUCUGAUCCAGCACCAGAUGAUCCACACUGGGGAAAAGCCGUAUGAGUGUGGGGAAUGUGGGAAGAGCUUCAGCGACAGGUCCAGCCUGAUGCGGCAUCAGGUGAUCCACAGUGGAGAACAGCCCUACACCUGCUUAGAAUGUGGGAAGAGCUAUCGCUGGAGCUCCACCCUGAGAAACCAUGAGCGCAUCCACACUGGGGAGAGGCCCUACAAGUGUUCUGUGUGUGGGAAGAGGUUUCAGAGCAGCUCCAAUCUCGUCCUACAUGAGCAGAUUCACAGAGAGGAGAGGCCCUUCCGCUGCCCCGACGCUGGCUCCACCCUGAGAAACCAUGAGCGCAUCCACACUGGGGAGAGGCCCUACAAGUGUUCUGUGUGUGGGAAGAGGUUUCAGAGCAGCUCCAAUCUCGUCCUACAUGAGCAGAUUCACAGAGAGGAGAGGCCCUUCCGCUGCCCCGACUGCGGGAAGGGCUUCAAGCAAAAUGGCAACCUCAGUAUCCACCGGCGCAUCCACACUGGGGAGAGGCCCUACAAGUGUCCUGAAUGUGGGAAGAGCUUUUCACAGAGCUCAACCUUGACCCGACACAAACGGAGGCUCCACUAA